GAACAGCAACCAAGCCUAGGGUCUGCUUCUCUCUCCACGUCCGUCAGAUACCGUGCGCACCAAUCCUAAAGCACGGGACAGAGUUAGAAGAGAUCAAGAGAAGAAUCGGAAAAAAAAAACAGAAGUACUAACGCCCCGCCCCUGCCUGGGGUUUUAACCCUACCCAACCGCCGCCCAUGGCGUCCAUCUCGGAGCCCGCUGCUAGGGAGAAGCCCAUCGUCGUCCGGGUCAAGCGCAAACCUUCGCAAAACCGCCCGGACGCUUUCUGGCUAGAGAUUAAUGAGAGGCCGGCAAAGAAGGCGGCGAUUGAUUUCUCCCGCCUUUCCAUCUCCGAACCCUCCUCGUCCUCUGCCAGUGUCAAAGCUUCAGAGGAACCACGGGUUAAGAAAAUUCUUGUCCAGCACAUCGAGACAGUACACCACUCUGAAGCUGUCGAAGAUGUUUUACAAUCUCUUUUGCUUGUUGACUCAAAUUCCAAGGAGACAAAGAGCAAGACAAAGGAGUGGAAUGACAGAAUCAAGCAAGACAAAAAACCAGAGCAACUACGAUCAGCUGCCAGACAGAGGCAUGAGGAUAUGGGAAGAAAUGCUCGGUUUGCACAAAUAUGGAAGAGUCGAAAAGGAGAAAAGGCUGAUGCUGGUGACUCAUUGAGAGAAAUAUGCCAUCUUUAUGAUGCUGUCCAAGUAGAUCCCGAUGAUGAGAAGCAUCCAGCAGAACCACGGAUUACAUCUUUUGAAGAGGGUGCUGUUCUAUGCAACUUUCUUCCACUUAUACGGGAAUACUUGCCAUCAACUGCCGAGGAAAUUGAGGCGGAUAUAAUUUCAUUGGCGCAAUCAGAAGCAGAUUCUGAAGUUUAUGAUAUCUAUACUGUCAAGGAGGUGGAUGACACAAUGGAGGCCACGUCAGCAGCUUCAUAUCCAAGGUUACAAGUGGAUGAUGGAGAAGAUGAAUGCUACGAAGAUUGUCCAUAUGACACAGAUGAUUCCAAUGCCGAAGACAAUCCUCUUUUUGAUUAUCCUGAUGAAUCUUCCGAGGACGAGGAUGAUGGUAGGAACGACGAGGAUCCUUUUGGAGACAAAGAAGGUUCUGACUCAGAUUACGAGAAGGAAGAAGUAGAGGUGGAAGAGGAUGAGUAACGGUGAAGGGAAGUUGUGAUGAAACGUGCGGUUGUAGAAUGUAGAUGCAGGGCAGCAGGGGAGCUGACUGAUGAAUGUUUGUGUUGCUUUAUGCUGUCUAAGAAACGGGACUUGUCUCGACGCUUUGUGCCAGUUAGCAUAGCACAUCGUGUGCAGUAUCCGGAGGAAGAAUUGGGAAAAAACAAUAUUUGGAAGCGUCAGCUAGACACAGGCGAAUCGUAAUAAUUGGUAUUUUGCCACUUGAAAAGUUGCAUCCUUCUGUAAUUACCGUUUGUGUAGCCUUGUGUGUUCUUGCUCUCGUAUUAUAUAGGAGUAAUACAUGUGGAAAUAAACUAUUUUCGUA